CGCAGCUUGGCGACGGGGCGGACAUCUUGAAGCUCCAGUUGGCGUUUGGAGGGAGUCGACCCGGCGGCUGGACCCUCACUUCAACCGAGUGACCGCGGGGAGAAGCCUGUCCCAGGAUCACCAUGACAGAUUCUAAGUAUUUCACAACGACUAAGAAAGGUGAAAUCUUUGAACUCAAAGCCGAGCUCAACAGUGACAAGAAAGAAAAGAAGAAAGAAGCAGUGAAGAAGGUGAUUGCGUCAAUGACUGUUGGGAAAGAUGUCAGUGCCCUCUUUCCUGAUGUUGUCAACUGCAUGCAGACAGACAAUCUGGAGCUUAAGAAGCUGGUGUACCUUUAUCUAAUGAACUAUGCCAAGAGUCAGCCUGAUAUGGCAAUUAUGGCAGUCAACACUUUUGUUAAGGACUGCGAAGAUCCCAAUCCACUUAUUAGAGCGCUGGCGGUGAGAACCAUGGGCUGUAUCCGUGUAGAUAAGAUCACUGAGUACUUGUGCGAGCCCCUGCGAAAAUGUCUGAAGGAUGAAGAUCCCUAUGUACGAAAGACUGCUGCUGUUUGUGUAGCUAAACUACAUGAUAUCAAUGCACAGCUCGUUGAAGAUCAGGGAUUUCUGGACACUCUCAAGGACUUGAUAUCGGAUUCCAAUCCAAUGGUAGUGGCAAAUGCUGUGGCAGCUCUGUCAGAGAUUGCAGAGUCCCAUCCAAAUAGCAAUUUAUUGGACCUCAACCCUCAGACUAUCAAUAAACUUUUAACAGCCUUAAAUGAAUGUACUGAAUGGGGACAGAUAUUUAUCUUGGAUUGUUUAGCCAACUACAGUCCAAAAGAUGACAGGGAGGCUCAAAGCAUCUGCGAACGUGUGACGCCACGUUUAUCUCAUGCUAACUCAGCUGUUGUCCUGUCGGCUGUAAAAGUCCUAAUGAAAUUCAUGGAAAUGUUGUCAAAGGACUUGGAUUACUAUGGCACUUUGCUGAAGAAACUGGCACCCCCACUUGUAACAUUGCUGUCUGCAGAACCAGAGCUUCAAUAUGUUGCCCUCCGGAACAUUAAUCUCAUUGUACAGAAAAGGCCUGAAAUUCUUAAGCAUGAAAUGAAAGUUUUCUUUGUAAAAUACAAUGAUCCAAUUUAUGUGAAACUGGAAAAACUGGACAUUAUGAUUCGCUUGGCUUCUCAAGCCAAUAUUGCACAGGUGUUGGCAGAAUUGAAGGAAUAUGCAACAGAAGUAGAUGUUGACUUUGUACGGAAGGCUGUGCGUGCAAUUGGACGGUGUGCUAUUAAAGUUGAGCAAUCAGCAGAGCGCUGUGUGAGCACACUCCUUGACCUCAUUCAAACAAAGGUAAAUUACGUUGUGCAGGAAGCCAUAGUAGUAAUCAAAGACAUCUUCCGCAAAUACCCAAACAAGUAUGAAAGUGUUAUUGCUACACUUUGUGAAAAUCUUGACUCGCUUGAUGAACCAGAAGCACGAGCUGCUAUGAUCUGGAUAGUAGGUGAAUAUGCAGAAAGAAUUGACAAUGCUGAUGAACUAUUAGAGAGCUUCUUGGAAGGAUUUCACGACGAAAGCACACAGGUUCAGCUUCAGCUUUUGACAGCUAUUGUGAAACUGUUCUUAAAAAAACCAACUGAGACGCAGGAACUGGUGCAGCAAGUUCUCAGCUUAGCCACGCAGGACUCUGAUAAUCCUGAUCUGCGAGACCGUGGCUACAUAUACUGGCGUCUACUUUCUACAGACCCAGUAGCUGCAAAGGAAGUUGUUUUGGCAGAAAAACCCUUGAUUUCAGAAGAAACCGAUCUUAUUGAGCCAACCCUCCUUGAUGAAUUAAUUUGUCACAUAGGAACACUGGCUUCUGUAUACCAUAAGCCACCCAGUGCAUUUGUGGAAGGUAGCAGAGGUGUUCAGCACAAGAGAUUGCCACCACGAUCUGGAUCGAAUGAAAGUACAGAGAGUCCAGAUGUAACCCCAUCGGCUGCUGCACAGCCCACUGAGCAACAACCAGCUGUUAUACCAUCCCAGGGAGAUCUUUUGGGUGAUCUACUGAAUCUGGACCUUGGACCUCCAGUUAAUGUUCCCCCUAUUCCCUCUUCAACAGUUCAGAUGGGAGCCAUGGACCUCCUUGGUGGUGGAUUGGACAGUUUGCUUGGUGGAGAUCUAAGCGGGAGCCCUGCAAUUGGUGCAGGCUAUGGGACUCCAGCAGUCAUGCCAACAUCCUUGAAUGCACCCCUGGGAGGUGGUUUAAGUGACCUGUUUGAUCUUGCUGGUGGAAUGAACAUGCCAUCUGGUUCUUAUGUGGAACCAAAAACUGUUUGGUUGCCAGCUGCAAAAGCCAAAGGUCUUGAGAUUUCUGGCACAUUUUCACGCCGUAUGGGUCAUAUUUACAUGGAUCUCUCUUUGAUGAACAAAGCCAUGCAAGUAAUGACUGACUUUGCAAUCCAGUUUAACAGAAAUAGCUUUGGUAUGGCACCAGCUGCUCCCCUACAGGUCAAUGCUCCACUUGCUCCUAACCAGACAAUUGAAGUCUCUCUCCCUCUGAACACUGUUGGUCCAGUUAUGAAGAUGGAUCCACUCACCAAUCUACAGGUUGCGGUAAAGAACAAUAUUGAUGUCUUCUACUUCAGCUGCCUGUACCCAAUUAAUAUGUUGUUUGUAGAAGAUGGAAAAAUGGAUCGACAGAUCUUUCUGGCAACUUGGAAGGACAUUCCAAAUGAGAAUGAAGUACAAUUCCAAAUCAAAGACUGCCACCUUAAUGCAGAUGCAGUCACUAAUAAGCUUCAAAGCAAUAAUAUUUUCACUGUUGCAAAGAGGAAUGUUGAAGGACAAGAUAUGUUAUAUCAAUCCCUUAAAUUGACAAAUGGAAUCUGGGUUUUAGCAGAGCUUAGAAUCCAACCAGGCAAUCCCAAUUAUACGUUAUCGCUGAAAUGCAGAGUCUCAGAAGUAUCCCAGCAUGUUUUCCAGGCAUAUGAAGUAAUUUUGAAGAAUUGAGCAAUUUAAGGUCAUCUCUGGCAGAAAGUCACUGCAGUUGUUUAUUUGGGAGCCUAUAAGCACUGAUAAUGGACAGAAAUUAUAUAUGUGACACCUUGGUGCCACUGAAGAAGUUGCAUUAUUGUGAAGGGUAUUUAUUGUAUACUCAAGAUCUCCGAGUAUAUUGACCCAUUAACACUAAAGUCUAUUGUAUAAUGCUAGUAUAUCUAAAUUCAUUAUUCCAUUGAUGAUGCGCUCUAAAUACAAUAUUCAGAUAUUUACUAUGUUGAUUUCUCUCUCAAUCUGGUCAUUUGAAUGUAAUGUAAUAUCAUGACAUGGUGAAUUGCCUAGUGUGUGAAGAGGCUGUGCUCAAUACACUGCCAUUCCAGCUGUAGGGUAAUUGUCCUUGUUCAAAUUUGUAUUCUCUUCAUAAUGUGUGAUGUGACUUUAAAAUUUUGUGCGAUGACAUUUUGUGUAUUUGUACACUAGUAAUAUGGUUCAUGCUGAUAGUGUGCUCUUUGGGUUCCACCAUUGCAGCUAAUGUCAAGGUGUUGAUCAGUAGUCAUAUCAGAAAUAAACUGGACUUGUGGGGUAAAGGUACCCAGGAGGCUGAUUUGAAUGUAUAAGAAAAUUUCAUUUUUA